CGGUUAGUGCUCCAGUGGAAGUCCUCAUAGCCGGAUGAGAGACGCAUGCAGAAUUCAGGGAUAGAGGAAACUUUUUUCAUCUGAAGCGAUAUCUCCGGGAUUCUACAUUGUCCUCCAGAGUGUAUUUAGGGGACAACAUUUCCAAUUUGGAGGGGGGACUGCUGAUUCCAAGAUGGAGGUGAAGACGUCACUUCUGGACAACAUGAUAGGGGUGGGGGACAUGGUCCUGCUAGAACCCCUCAACGAAGACUCCUUCAUCGUGAACCUGAGGAACCGCUUCGACCACAAUGAGAUCUAUACGUACAUCGGCAGUGUGGUGAUCUCCAUGAACCCCUACAGGUCUCUCCCCAUCUACACACCACAGAAGGUGGAGGAGUAUCGCAACAGGAACUUCUACGAGCUCAGCCCACACAUCUAUGCCCUGGCAGAUGAGGCCUACCGUUCUCUGAGGGACCAGGAUAAAGACCAGUGUAUCCUCAUCACAGGAGAGAGUGGAGCUGGAAAGACUGAGGCCAGUAAGCUGGUGAUGUCAUAUGUGGCGGCGGUGUGUGGGAAGGGCCAGGAGGUGAACAAGGUGAAGGAGCAGCUGCUGCAGUCCAAUCCUGUGCUGGAGGCUUUUGGGAAUGCUAAAACUAUGAGAAAUGACAACUCAUCCCGAUUUGGGAAAUACAUGGACAUUGAGUUUGACUUCAAGGGAGACCCUUUGGGUGGAGUUAUUAGCAACUAUCUACUGGAGAAGUCCAGGGUUUGCAAGCAGCCAAGAGGAGAGAGAAACUUCCACAUCUUCUACCAGCUUCUUUCUGGAGCCUCGGAUGACACCCUGAUGAAGCUGAAGUUGGACAGAGAUUUCAGUAAAUACAACUACCUGAGUCUGGAUUCAGCCAACGUCAAUGGGCUGGAUGAUGCAGCAAGCUUCAGGACCGUCAGGAAUGCCAUGCAGAUUGUGGGCUUCAUGGAGGCUGAGGUGCAGUCGGUUCUGGAGCUGGUGGCUGCCAUCCUCAAACUGGGGAACAUUGAGUUCAAACCAGAGUCCAGGGUCAACGGCUUUGACGAGAGCAGGGUCAAGGACAAGAAUGACCUGAAGGAGAUGUGUGAGCUGUUGGGGAUUGAGCAGUCUGUGCUGGAGCGGGCUUUCAGCUACCGCACGGUGGAAGCCAAGAUGGAGAAGAUGUCUACCACACUCAACGUGGCCCAGGCUUACUAUGCCCGUGAUGCCCUGGCCAAAAACCUCUACAGCCGUCUGUUCAGCUGGCUGGUCACCAGGAUCAAUGAAAGCAUCAAGGCUCAAGCAAAAACGCGCCACAAGGUGAUGGGCGUCCUGGACAUCUAUGGUUUUGAAAUCUUCGAGGAUGGCGACAACAGCUUUGAACAGUUCAUCAUCAACUACUGCAAUGAGAAACUGCAGCAGAUAUUCAUCGAACUGACGCUACGCGAAGAGCAGGAGGAGUAUAUCAGAGAGGACAUUGAAUGGACCAACAUAGAGUAUUUCAACAACGCCGUUAUCUGUGACCUCAUCGAGAAUAACCAGAAUGGAAUCUUGGCCAUGUUGGAUGAGGAGUGCCUGCGGCCAGGCACAGUGACUGACGACACCUUCCUAGACAAGCUGAACACCAUCUGUGCUGAGCACCAGCACUUCGAGAGCCGCCUCAACAAGAACUCCAAGUUCCUGACAGACCACAGCCUGCCACACAGCUGCUUCCGCAUCCAACACUAUGCUGGGAAGGUGCUGUACCGUGUGGAGGGCUUUGUAGACAAGAACAAUGACCUGCUGUACAGAGACCUGUCCCAGGCCAUGUACAAGGCCACCCACAGCCUGAUGAGACAGCUGUUUCCUGAGGGAAACCCUGCUAAGGUCAACCUGAAGAGACCCCCCACUGCAGGCUUCCAGUUCAAGGCCUCUGUAGGGGUACUCAUGAAGAACCUGCAGACCAAAAACCCCAACUACAUCAGGUGCAUCAAGCCCAACGAUAAGAAGGUAGCCCACAUCUUCACCGACUCGCUGGUGUGUCAUCAGGUGCGUUACCUGGGCCUGGUGGAGAAUGUGCGCGUGAGGAGGGCUGGCUACGCCUUCCGCCAGCCCUACGAGUCCUGUCUGGAGCGAUACAAGAUGCUCUGCAAGAAGACCUGGCCCCAGUGGAGAGGACCCGCCAGGGACGGAGUGGUGGUGCUGCUGACAGAUUGUUCUGUUCCAACUGAGGAGUUUGCCUACGGACGCUCCAAGAUCUUCAUCAGGAACCCCAGAACGCUGUUCACUCUGGAGGAGAGGAGGAGGGCGUGUCUGGAGGACCUGGCCACCCUGAUCCAGAAGAUCUACCGGGGGUGGAAGUCUCGUACUCACUUUCUGCUGCUGAAGAAGAGCCAGGUGGUGGUGGCAGCCUGGUACCGCAGAUAUGCGCAACAAAAUAAAUAUCAGAAGAUCAAGAGUGCUACACUAGUGAUGCAGUCCUUCAUCAGAGGGUGGAAGGCCCGCAACAUCUUGCGGCAACUGAAAUAUGAGAAGAGAUGCAAGGAGGCUGUGACUACCAUUGCAGCGUACUGGCACGGGACUCAGGCACGCAGGGAGCUGAGGCGCCUGAAGGAGGAGGCCAGGCGUAAGCACGCCGUCGCCAUCAUUUGGGCCUACUGGCUGGGACUCCAGGUCCGCCGGGAGUACAGGAAGUUCUUUAGGGCCAACGCUGGCAAGAAGAUCUACGACUUCACCAUCCAGAGAAUCAUGCAGAAGUACUUCCUUGGUCUGAAGACCACUACAAUGUCCCCUAUGGACAACACCUGGCCGGCAAAGCCUUAUGGCUUCCUGGAGGGAGCUCACACUCAGCUCAGGAGGAUCUUCCACCUCUGGAGGUGCAAGAAAUACCGGGGCCAGUUCACAGAGGAGAAGAAGGCUGUGUAUGAGGAGAAACUUGAGGCCAGUGAGAUCUUCAAGGACAAGAAGGCUCUGUACCCCAGCAGUGUCAGCCAGCCUUUCAAAGGAGACUAUCUGGAGAUCCAGAAGAACCCCAAGUACCAGAAGCUGAACAGUGCUGUGGAGGAGGUGCUACUGGCUGACUUGGUGAACAAGAUCAACAGGGCCAACGGCAAGGGGUCGCCGAGGCUCUUCCUGCUGACCAAAAGCAACUUUGUCCUGGCUGACCAGAAGACGGGCCAGGUGAAGGCCAGCGUGCCGCUGCCAGACCUCGCCAGCGUGUCGGUCAGCACCCAGAGUGACGGCUUCUUCGCCCUCAAGCUCAAAGAGGGCUCUGCUUCAGCUUCCAAAGGUGACUUCCUGCUGAGCAGUGAGCAUCUUAUAGAGAUCAUCACCAAGCUCCACCACAUAGGGACCACUGCUGCAGACAGGGACCAGAUCAACAUUGACAUCUCAGACGAGUUCCUGGUGCAGUUCAAGCAGGACAAGGUGUGUGUGAAGUUCAUCCAGGGGGGGCCUAAGAACGGAAACAGUGCUGCCUGCAAACGCAAGAACAACCGCCUACUGGAGGUGUCUGUGCCAUCACCAUAGAGAUGACAUAGCCUCCUAUAAUACUUAGUUGUCAUGACAGUUCACAAUCAGGCCUAAACUCCAGCCCCCGCCCCCAAUGACUGUGCAAUUACUCUGCUUUUUGGUAUUUGUUGUUAUUUCCUAUAUUCAGAAUCCUUGCAUCACUGUAAUAUUUAACUGCGCUGACACUUUUGGUAGAGAGUGAAAGACCCAUAGGAUUGCAUGGCGAUAGGGUUAUAAGAGAGAAAGAUGGGGGAAAAUACUUUGUUUUACUAGUUUUAAAAGAUGUGGGUGAAAGAAAGAAGUGCUUUCCUCUUGUCAAUGGAGCACAAGAUAUCUCCAGUCAGAUGAUACUGAUUGUUGAGCUUGGGAAAGCUAAUAUGCAGGCUGUGUGGUGUGGUAUCAAGCCGUACCCAUAUUCAGAGAUCUGUAAAGGGCAAAGAAAGAAAGUGCUGACAAGACACAGCCCUGCACUAGAUUUGGGUCCUCAUCGGUUUAUCUGUUUGAGCUCUGAAAUGGCAACUCAAUAGACCAACGAUGACCAGAGAGCUUUCAGGAUUGCUCUAAAGUUUUCUCUGAAAGUUAAACUAUGACUGCACUUGUAAUGUUCACCUGGGUGAGUUAAAAUUUGAAAAGAUAGUGAUUAAUAGUCAAAAUAUUGUCUGGGUUGUUUUUGUUUUCCUUUGCUGACACCUACACAACUGACUACAGUGGGUGGUCAAGUACAAGAAUCACACUUGUCAAAUGUAAUUUGCCAAGUGAUCGAUUGUCAACCACUUAGUAUCCAUAAUAACUCCCGUGUGCCAUUCAGCCGGCCCCUACUCUGAGGUGCCAUGGCGUGCUGCAGGUAUCCAUGUGUAGUCAUCUAGUCAGGCUUUGGAUGCUAACAAUAAAACAAAAAGUUGAAUGGUCCCUACUCAGUUUAUAAGUAAAUGCCCCAAAAAAGUUGAAAGGGGGCCUCAAUGGACCAAGACUUUAUUUGAAAACACUGCACACUUUUCUCACUCUCCAGUUGUCCUCAAAGUACUUUACAUCUCUAAACUUUACCACAGGAAUUGAGAUGGACCCCGGGGUUCCCAAGUCUACCUUGACAACUAUCCCAGAUUCAAUGCUGAUCAGUCUUUUUAGAGCCAGAAGGCUGCUUGUUUUCAAUGGUCCUCUUGUUUGAAAUUGAAGGGAAAUGGAACUCUUUGCCUACAACGCUGCCUAGGCUAGGCUACACCAUCUCAAGCAUCCUUCCACCCUUUGGCAUGAGAGUAAUAAAAUAGUAAGAGGAUGCAGCAUGGCAACAGAUAGGACACAAGAUUGAGUCCUACAUUCUGUGACUGACAUUUCUCAAACGUAUGCUGUAGAGAUAAACACUCACUCACUGACUGUAUCAUACACAUCAACUGUAAAUGCUCAAACAGACCCAGCAUGGAUGGAGUAUGUACGGAUAAAUUAUAGUAUCCUCAUGCUAGUUCUCUUAUUCCUGUGCUGCAGAAAUAUCUAUAUGUAUUUGCCAUUGCAAUGUGGGCUGUUAUAUAUAUAUUUUGUAGCCCCACUCUGGCUAAUAAUAAAUGCAGUGUUUUUCUUGGGAUUGUGCGUAUGGCCAUGUAGUAUAUUCUUGGGAAGUUUUUUCAGAAAUCUAGCAAUCACAGCUUCACUGUCUGCUCUGCCUGUGUAUGAAUGUGAUAUACUUUACACACACACAUGCCAAUGUCACUUAAGUGAUUGCUCUAUUUGGAGGUAUAUUUAAUGAUAUUCUUUAUCGGGAUGUUUUAGUGGGGGGGUUUGUACUGUUGACUUCAAGGUUAAAUCAAUGGGUUCUCUGGUGGUGGCAAUGUGGAGGUGGAAGCUCAGCCAAACUGCUCUAGAUCACAUACCUAUAGAUUACUGGUGUACCUUAAAAUAAAUAACUUUUUUACAUGUUUUUGUAAUUCCACAGGUGGACUUGAGGAAUGAUUGUUGUUUUUUCCUUCCACGGGGGAAGAUGUUGAACUGAGUCAAUGCAUGUUUGUGCUUCUCAGUUCUGUACAGUUUGAGAUUUCAAUGCAGUUUGCUAUAACCGCCUCUCUGUGUUUGUAUUUGAAGUAAAAUACGAAAAUAAACUCAAUGAUGUAUGCAUUCUUGUUGUGUGCCUAAUGUAACCUGCGCUACGAGAUGGAGAACGUGGAAGUGUUUCAGUCCUCAAUGUAACAAAUUUACAAGUAAUGCUUUUCAAAUUAAAAAAGCAAUAAAUUGA